AUGUAUAGAGUGAACAUGAUCAAAAUUUUCCUAGCCAUAAUGUUAUGCGUCCUGCUCCGGAUCAACAUUUCAAAUGCAGAUACUUUUUCUGUUGAUGGCGCCAAUGGUUGGGGCUUUAACAUGAAUGGAUGGCCUAAUGGCAAAAUUUUCGACGUCGGUGAUGUCGUUGAGUUUAAGUAUAAAAUUGGAAUGCACAACAUGGUGAUAGUGAAUAAACUUGGAUUCGACUCUUGCAAUGCUACUGGAGGAGAAGUGCUAAGUUCAGGAGAUGAUCAAGUAUUAGUUCCAAAAGGGACAACCUAUUUCAUCUGUAGUAUCGGAGAUCAUUGCGCUAAUGGUGUCAAGGUUGCCAUCAUAGGCAAAUGAUUCGCUCUUAAACUCUAUACUUAUCAAAAUCUGACAGUUUCAUUUUAUUCAAACAAUUGUAAUCUAGAAUUAGUAUAAUUUUUUAUUUAUUAUACAGUCCAUAUAUACCCUUUGUUUGUGGAGUGAUUGCCAUUUCAUUUUACUCUGUUUCAAGAGUGAUGCAUGUAAAUAGAUGGACACAUGUUGAUUCAAG